GAACUCAUUGGAUCUGGAGGAUAUAUUUGAAUGACGUUUUGGUGUCAUUGAAAUGCCAUACUGACAAUGCUUUAUACUCAGUAUAACGGUAGUAUGGGCUUGGUCUUCAAUAAUCCACAAAGAUUGUGAACUCGACUAGUCUAGCCUAUUUGAUGUGUCCGUUUCGCCAUUCAUGGAGUAACAGGCGCACAGAUUCAGUCGCGGCUGGCUUGAUCAUUCAAUUCCGAGAGUUGGGUAGCUUGACCGCAUGGUUUAUUGCAAUGGCUCAUCGUCAUAAUAUCUAUACAGUUGAACACUUACAAGCUGCUAAAUGCUAUCAAAACCAAAUGUUCAUGCAAUAAAACAUAUAGCUAUUUUCUAUAUUUUGGUUUGAGGUUGUAGCCUACUCUCGUCAAACUCAUCAAAACUCGCGGGACAGCUACUCCUGUAAACCAAUUUGCUACAAAAAUCCCCCCAGUGCAUGAUCGUUGCAGCUGGCAACAAAUGUAAAUGUUUUAGUGACUGGCCGUCAUAUAAUUGAAGCUAAUUCAUUUGAACAAAACAUGAUUGCUAGGCUCCAUGCGUGUGUAUCUUAUUUUUGAUAAUGCAAUUUCAUUGCAACUGAUAGCUAUGGUAAAAUUGUAGACUGUUUAAAAAUAAAACACCAAAAUCAUCACGGUUGCUAUAGCGAAAUCUGCUGUCAAGUCGUAGGUAGCCUAAAGCCUGGAGCUGCAUGAUCGAAUGAUCACAGCUUGCGCCCGGAACACCCGCUGGAACACCCGCUGGAACCAAGCAUGAGAAGGUGUUGGAAGCUAGCUAGCGCGAGCUGUUAGCCAACGAGGUCAUAUCGUAGACAUGUCUUGAGAAUGGCACUGUGCUGAGAGGUUACCUACCAAUCAGCAGAAAACAACACUGGAGAUCAGAUGUUCUGAAACAUGAAGGGUGAGGGUUUUAAAACAAGUUAAGACCAGCUCUUUUAAGGAGAUAAGGAACUAUUUUCUAUUAACUUUGUGUGUGAGGACUACAGAAAUGCCUCCUAGGCCUUCUUCUGGUGAAUUAUGGGGCAUCCAUUUGAUGCCCCCCCGGAUCUUUGUGGACUGCUUGUUGCCAAACGGGAUGAUCCUGACCCUCGAGUGCCUCCGUGAGGCCACGCUCAUCACCAUCAAACAUGAAGUGUUCAAGGAGGCCAGGAAGUACCCCCUGCAUCACCUACUACAGGAGGAGACCUCUUACAUUUUUGUCAGUGUUACGCAGGAGGCAGAGCGAGAGGAGUUCUACGAUGAAACUAGGAGACUUUGUGAUCUCAGGCUCUUUCAGCCUUUUCUGAAGGUCAUCGAACCGGUUGGCAACCGAGAGGAGAAAAUUCUGAACAGAGAAAUUGGAUUCGCAAUUGGUAUGCCUGUUUGCGAGUUUGACUUAGUAAAGGACCCUGAGGUGCAGGACUUCAGGAGGAAUAUUCUUAACGUCUGUAAGGAUUCAGUAGAACUCCGAGAUGCCAACGGACCCCAUAGUCGGGCUUUAUAUGUCUACCCUCCCAAUGUUGAAUCGACACAAGAACUUCCAAAGCACAUCCAUGGCAAACUGGACAAAGGUCAAAUCAUUGUCGUGAUCUGGGUGAUUGUCUCACCCAACAAUGACAAGCAGAAAUACACCCUGAAGAUCAACCAUGAUUGUGUGCCAGAACAGGUGAUAGCUGAGGCCAUCAGGAAGAAGACCAGGAGCAUGCUGUUGUCCCCUGAACAACUCAAGAUGUGUGUGCAGGAGUACCAGGGCAAGUACAUCCUCAAGGUGUGCGGCUGUGACGAGUACCUCCUGGAGAAAUGCCCACUGAGUCAAUAUAAGUAUGUGAGGAGUUGCAUCAUGCUUGGCAGGAUGCCCAACCUCAUGCUGAUGGCGAAGGAUAGCCUUUAUUCUCAGUUACCCAUGGACAACUUCACCAUGCCCUCGUAUGCCCGGCGCAUCUCCACCGCCACUCCGUACAUGAACGGAGAGUCCUCCACCAAGUCUCUAUGGACCAUCAACGGAACCCUGCGGAUACGAGUGCUCUGUGCCACAUACGUCAAUGUGAACAUUCGGGAUAUAGAUAAGAUUUAUGUGCGAACCGGCAUCUACCAUGGAGGGGAGCAGAUGUGUGACAACGUGAACACGCAGCGUGUGCCAUGCUCUAAUCCCAGGUGGAACGAGUGGCUGACCUACGACAUGUACAUUCCCGACAUCCCCCGGGCGGCCCGCCUCUGUCUCUCCAUCUGCUCUGUGAAAGGCAGGAAAGGGGCGAAGGAGGAGCACUGUCCACUGGCGUGGGGAAACGUCAACCUGUUUGACUAUACUCACACCCUGGUCUCUGGUAAAAUGGCUCUGAACCUGUGGCCUGUACCCCAUGGCCUGGAGGACCUACUCAACCCCAUCGGAGUCACAGGCUCCAACCCCAACAAGGAAACGCCUUGUCUAGAGCUGGAGUUUGACUACUUCAGCAGUCCUGUCAAGUUCCCAGACAUGACCACCGUGGAGGGACAUGCUAACUGGACCAUAUCCAGGGAGCUAGGUUUCAACUACUGCCAGUCAGGCCAGAGUAACAGAGUGGCGCGAGACCACGCCUUAACGGACAGUGAUAACGAGCAGCUGAGACAGGUGUGCAACCGAGACCCCUUGUCUGAGAUCACAGAGCAGGAGAAGGACUUCCUCUGGAGGCACAGGCACUACUGUGUAAAUAUACCUGAAAUCCUGCCCAAGAUCCUGCUGGCUGUGAAGUGGAACUCCAGAGAUGAAGUAGCACAGAUGUAUUGCCUUCUGAAGGAUUGGCCAGCAAUAAAACCAGAGCAAGCCAUGGAGCUGCUGGAUUGUAACUAUCCAGACCCAAUGAUCCGUGACUUUGCUGUUCGGUGCCUUGAGAAGUACUUGACCGAUGAUAAACUCUCUCAGUACCUCAUUCAGUUGGUCCAGGUUCUGAAAUACGAGCAGUACCUUGAUAACCCACUGGUACGAUUUCUACUGAAAAAGGCCUUGACUAACCAAAGGAUAGGACACUUCUUUUUCUGGCACUUAAAGUCCGAGAUGCACAAUAAGACGGUGAGUCAGCGGUUCGGCCUGCUGUUGGAGUCCUACUGCCGGGCGUGUGGCAUGUACCUGAAGCACCUGAGCAGACAAGUGGAGGCCAUGGAGAAACUCAUCAACCUCACUGACAUUCUCAAACAGGAGAAGAAGGACGAGACUCAGAAGGUGCAGAUGAAGUUUCUGGUGGAGCAGAUGAGGAGGCCAGACUACAUGGACGCCCUGCAGAAUUUCACCUCCCCCCUCAACCCUGCACACCAGCUGGGAAACAUACGGCUUGAGGAGUGCAGAAUCAUGUCAUCUGCCAAAAGACCGCUGUGGCUCAAUUGGGAAAACCCUGACAUCAUGUCCGAGCUCCUCUUCCAGAACAAUGAGAUCAUAUUCAAAAACGGAGACGACCUGCGACAGGACAUGCUAACACUUCAGAUCAUCAGAAUCAUGGAGAACAUUUGGCAGAACCAGGGUCUAGACCUCAGGAUGUUGCCAUAUGGCUGCAUGUCUUUAGGUGACUGUGUGGGGCUGAUCGAGGUGGUGCGGAGCUCUCACACCAUCAUGCAGAUCCAGUGUAAAGGUGGCCUGAAGGGGGCGCUACAGUUCAACAGCUCAACACUACACCAGUGGCUCAAAGACAAGAACAAGGGAGAGAUGUAUGACCUUGCCGUUGACUUGUUUACGCGAUCCUGUGCUGGGUAUUGCGUGGCGACCUUCAUCCUAGGCAUCGGAGACAGACACAACAGUAACAUAAUGGUGAAGGAUGAUGGGCAGCUUUUUCACAUAGAUUUUGGCCAUUUUCUGGAUCACAAGAAAAAGAAAUUUGGCUACAAGCGAGAGCGAGUUCCGUUUGUCCUAACUCAAGACUUCUUGAUUGUGAUCAGCAAAGGGACCCAGGAGUGCACGAAGACCAGAGAGUUUGAGAGAUUUCAGGAGAUGUGCUAUAAGGCCUACUUGGCCAUUCGUCAGCAUGCCAACCUCUUCAUCAACCUGUUCUCCAUGAUGCUGGGCUCCGGGAUGCCCGAGCUGCAGUCCUUCGAUGACAUUGCCUACAUCCGUAAAACCCUGGCCCUGGACAAGACUGAGCAGGAGGCCCUGGACUACUUCAUGAAGCAAAUGAACGACGCCCACCAUGGCGGCUGGACCACCAAGAUGGACUGGAUUUUCCACACCAUCCGCCAGCACGCGCUUAACUAAGUCCAGGCAGGACAUCCGCCAGCCCUGCCCAGCCAGACACACCAGCCAGCUGUGAGUGGAACAUCCAAACCUCAUGAACUAAUGGGUGAUGCUCGACUAUCCUAUCGAGCACUUAACAAUCCAGAGUGAUUUUUGUUUUUUUACUGUAUUGGUUUUCCCUGCAGAAACUUACCAACUAACUCGCCUUGUCUAAAACGGUAGUUUUUUUUGCCUGUAAUAUUUUUUUGACCUUUUGUGUGUGCUUUUCUCUUCAAAUAUAAAACUUCCCUCGUUCCUUUCCUUUUUGUAAAAGAGAAGAGUUUGCCGUCCCCUUUACAGGGUCACGUGUAUAGAUGUCUUCCUGUAACGUAAAUGCCUUUUGAAUAUGCACGGAACAUCCCAGAAAAAAAACGGUAUGAAUUCAGUCAUUUUUUGAUGUGCAGCCUACUCCACCUGUUGUUAAAAAAAAGAAAAAGUUAACCCCCUGAAAGGCAGCACCUUAAAGUGUUACAUUGUGGCCCAGUAGUUCUAUUGGCUGGUCAUUUCUGGCACCACAGUUUUUAAAUCCAUUGUCAUACUCCUUCCUUUGGCAUCAUAUUUAGCAGUAACAGCAGAUUAUAUAUACAGUAUAUUUUUAGACACCUAUAUAUGUAUACCUCUACGUGUGUGUAUAACACACACACACACACACACUGUGGGCCCAGCCUGUGAUACUAUGAUAAAGUGCAGCAGUACAGAAAGUAAUGAAUGCACUGUCAAGAAAACCUUGCAGUUUAAAAAUGAAGCCUUAAUUUAGUUGACGUGCAUGCAAGGGCUGGAUUUCUCCCUCUUGUGUCUUGGAGGUCAAUGGUAAAAUACCUCUGUUGCUCAGUGAGAUGUCAUCAUAAUGAAUGUUGAGAAGUGCAUUAAGCUAGACAGACAUAGUCACCUCAUGUAACUGAUGCUUUCAUCAUGCAUGUCAGUAGUGCAGUUGGGUUGUGAACUAUACGAAUGUUACAGUGCUAUGUUUUGGCAUGGGGAGAAUCAGCAGUACAGUAUGUGAACAUAAGACUAUUUGUACACGUUGGAAAGUCUGAUCAGUAAGGCUGUCCCAAGGCAGCUAGUCAGCAAUUGUUUGUGUGGGCACCCCUCCCUCUCUCUGUGUGGAGUGGACCCCUCUGUUUAUUCUUUAUUAUGAUGCGCCCAUUGCUUACUAUUGAGUUCUUGGAGUAAACCUUUUGAUAAUAGUUGGACCUAGGCAACUCUGAAUAGGAGCUGUGGGAAAGGUUUCCAUUCCAUAAUGGCUUCUCAAUGUCCAAACCCCUUUCAAAUGAAGGACAUUCAUUUUGGGGUAAAAACCCUGUAUUCUCAUUCUCAAGCGUAACUCUGUGAUAUAUGCUCUUGAGAAAUAAUGUGCCAUUUUAAAUAAGUGUCUCUUUAUGGCAGAUUUUCCCCAACCAGAACAGAUUUCUCAGAAACUGAUCAAGAAAAAAUACGCACUUUUGUUUUCCCUUUUUAAAUAUUUUUUGUUGAUUCAAUGAAAGCCAAAGUUAAGUCUCUAAUGUUGUGUGAAUUGCUCAAUGGUUAUCUGCAUUACCAUAGAAAGCCUAACGCAUGCAUAUAUUAGCCUCUAUAUGUAUCAGUUAUGUUAUGAGGAAAAGGGCAUGUAGUGAACAAGUGUUGUGACCAGAGGUUAUAGGAUUUUGGUGUUUAGAUUGUAAACUGUGCUUUUAAACCACCAGAAAAAAAUUAGGGACACUUGCGCCUGCUUAGUAUUUCAGAAUUCUAACUCUCAAAUACAACAUGUCACAAUUAGUAUUUCUAAUACCCUAGAGGUAAUAUACUUGACAUGGCUUCAGACUGCAUUAUAAAUGCCUAUGUUUGCAAAUGUUGUCUCAAAAGUAGACCUUUCCUCCUAAAGAUAUAGCCUGGGAACGAGGUUCUCAAAAGUUUACUAUUGUGGUGGUAUUCCAGACUUCAUAUGCAUUCAUGAUAUGGGAGUAGUCUUGUUUUGAAAACAUGUUGUUCCCUUAUGCAGUAAACCAAUCAACUGGCAGAGAUGGACAGUUGCUGAUGCAGGUGGAUAUUGCACUUUUUUAAUGCCUUUGGUCCUACAGUAGUUUGAGUGCAGGUCUUUUUUAAGCAUAAGCAAUAGUAUCCCUUUCUAUCUGACAUUUGUCAGAUGCAUUAGACGCUUAUAGUAGUCACCAGCCUUUUGUUAGCUCUUCAAACGCCAUUCAUUGCAUGGUUGUAUUAACUUGUGUGUGUGUGUGUGUGUGUGUGUGUGUGUGUGUGUGUGCAUUAAUAUGGAUCUGUACAGGUUAUAGAUUUUCUUGGGCUGGACCCAUUUAAAAGCCCAUUCAUAAUGUCAAUGUAAUACAGUGAGUGUGGUAAAUGCUUUGUAAACCUUUUCCACUUGCUGAACAGCACCAGGGAAGAUAUUGUGAUGCUGUACUUGAAACAUCAUUUGUUAGAAAAGAGAACUUUUCAUAUUUCAGCUUCAAAAGUUUUACUUGAAAUGUAAUUUUUCUGAACCAUGUUUGUAUGUUGAAAACAAAGCUGUCAUAGCCAUGUGGUAUAUAGCACUGAGGGUUAGCACAGGCAAAUCCAUACCGAUUGUGAAUGUUAACAUUUGGUCAUCUUACAAGUCUCUCUACAGUUGGAGAUUCUAAAAUACAUGUUGACUUGGGCCAUACGAUGAUGUAAAAGGAAAUAACCAAUUUAAUGUGUAAAUUAUGUAAACAAUUUGUUAUUUAAGAAAAGGUUCAAGUGUCAUCUUUUGUUUUACUGAAACAUCUGGAGUGGUUAAAUCUCUUCAUUUAAUACAGGUUUAUAGACGUAUUGAAUUAUAUUUUUCAUAUAUUUUGUCAUUACUAUCAACAGUGAUAGUAUAUGAUUGAUUGUAUUAUUACACAGCCAUCCUGCAUGAGUUGGUUAAAAUAAUAUACUUUUAUUUAUUCUGCUAAGCAGCUAUAAAGAAAGUUUGGCACUAGGAACAACUAAUAAUAAUCCAACCUCUAACCCAUGACAUACUGUACCUGCAUUAUCAAAUACAGUAUUCUUUGUUUCUGUUUGCUUCUAAGUUAAAUACUUGCAUUGUAUCCAGACUGACUACAAUUAUUUGAGUGUUACGUGACGAUAUACAAAUAAACUUCUCAGUUGCAGUAAGUA